UAAUGUAUUAAAUGAACUUAGGUUUGUUAAAUAAUCAAUUACUUAAAAUAUUUUUCCAAAUUUCAUAAUCAAGAUAGAUAAGUUAUAUAAUAAUGUAUGUCUCUCUUCAAUAUUUCAAGAUAUCAUCAAAAUAGUUUUCCAUAAGCUAUGAAAAAUAUCAACAAUUAAUAUUUUGUAGCAAAAGUAAAUAUUAUAUACUAAAAACGAGACGGUUUUUAUCGAUCAUCUCAACGAUAUCAAUUCAAUAGAAUAGACUUAUUAUUGUUGCUCAUAUUCAAUUCUAAAACUGUCUUCGUACUACUACUGAUUAGAUUCUAAAAUGUUUAUGUAUCGCACAUAUAUCAUACAUGUGUAUAAACUAUUUUUGUCUUACCAUAUUUCCUUAAACUUUAGUUAAAUGACCAUUAAUUAUAAAAUACUUUAUUUAUAGUCUGUUUUAUGUUAAAAAAAUUAAGUGUAAUCGAGAAUAAGGAACAAAAAAAAUGAUAAUUUUCUCUUUUGUUUGUUUGAAGACAGUAAGUAUAAUUAAAGACUCAUUUCAUAUUUAUGGCAGAGGGUACCAAACAGAUGGUUAGCGUAUAUUCGAAAAGAGGACUGAUAGUUAUUUUUGACUCAUGCGCAUUCUAAUUUACCUUUUAUUUAAAAAAUGUAACUUAUAUAGUGAUAAAAAAGAAAAAUUAAAUACAUUUACUUUGAAUUGAGAAAGCAACGAGCGCGUUAGACGACUUUACUUGCAUUUCGAACUGUAAUUUUGUUAACAGAUUGUUUUGAACAACAUAUCUCUAUGUAAGUAUGUAUAAAAUAGAGACUUAUAUUAUGGCUCAAGAAAACGUUACCUAAACUCGAGAAGAAUAUUUUUUUGAACGAAAAAUUAACACUUAUCUUCUUAGACAAAACGGCUUGUCCGACAACAUUUUGAUACGGAAAGGAAGGGUCCAUCACGCUUUUCGUUCGUUUUCUCUUCUUUAUACGUUUCGAAUGAGAACACGCCCUAAGCUCACGUUUGUUUUAUUUUACGCAUAAAAGUGUGUUUAAUAAAAUAAAACAUUUCCGAGCUCUGUGCGAUACUUCGUUCCGAAGAUAUGUAAAGAAAUUCGCUACACUUGUUUGUGUUCUUUAAAAAUCGAUAUGCCUUAACUUUCUUUUCGAAAAAACUUUUUCUAGCUCAUCUUGUAUCAUCUCUUUGUUCUCCUUGCACUUCUCUACUUAAUACUCGCCAUUUUUUAUCUUAUGCGUACGAAACAACAGAUAUUGUUUUUAACUAGCGCCCAAGAGAUGAUCACGUGUCUAUUUUCUAAAACUGCGUAAACAUAAUAGAGCAUGUACAAAAUCAGAAUUUGAUCAUUGACGCUGAGCUUAGUCCACGCCGUGAACGGUUGAAUCCGAACCUGAGAUGACCCAAUAACAUCCAGCUUGAUCCUAUGUUCGAAUUCGGAUCAGCUUGCAAGUUUCUAAUACAAAUAAGUAAUUUUAGUGUUGUUAGAAUCGAUCUAGAUGUUGAUAUCGACCUUGAUGCUAUGUUUUCGGUUAUCAAGAGAGAAUAAUUCUCCGCUGUUUAGCUGCUGCAACAUUUAUAUAAAUUCAACGUUUUCAAUUGCGUUUUGCUUAAUUUUAUAGUAUAGAAGUAUCAAAGGGGCAUACAACGUUACGAAGAAAUUUCUUGUUUGUACAGCAUAUGAUCUGAUAAAUAUGUACCGAUACUAGUAAUAUCGAUCCAAAAGCUAUCGGAUAUCAACUACUUCCUACCGCUGUGAUCUUGGGUCUGUACUUUGCAUUACAGACUCUUUCAAUGAGUGUCAAUUUUAGCAGCAAAUCGCUGCUAUGGAAAACCUAUAUCGAGUCUAGUGUGAUUGAUUGAGAUUUCAGUGAAUAAAAAAGCUUUUUUAUUCCCGAGUAGCACCCGUUUUCUCUACAUACUGUCUGAGAAAAAACUGACACAUAGAAAAAAAAAGCCCUGAUUUCAAGUCGAAUUAUCACCUGGCAUUACUGGAUACCGGUGGUCUUUCGGCAAUUGGUUCCGUAUUAUCGAUAAUCGCUAUUAUCGGCAGUACGAUAUCGUCUCAGAUACAUGUCUAGUCUACUGGAAUACACGAUAUCUAGUCGUGUUUACUGAAAUACUUUUUACUAUUUUUUGCUAGUAAUGUUAACCUGUUUUCGGUUGUAAGAUAACUCUUCAUAUAUUACUAAAGUUUUAAUAUAUAAAAUAUUAUUUUGAUGUUGUCUAGAUAGUUCAACAAAAUUGUUCACCUGUAUACAUAAACAACCAGCAAUCAUCAUCCUCAAUCACUACUCAGCAAAAACAAUCGAUAUCACCAUCAUCAAAUUAUAAUCAAUUACAUAAUACCUCACCAAUUAAAUCUCUAACAGAUGGGGAUACGGUAACAUCAUUACUGAACACACCGACAUCAUCAACAUCCACAUCAUCGUCGGUGAGUGCAGUAUUAAUAAACAAUCCAAUAUGUCAAUUAGAUAACCACUUAUUACUGAAAAACAGUAAUUUAAUUACACCACAAGAACAAACACGCCAACAAUUUAUUCAACCGUUCAAUUAUCAUUGUCAUUAUUAUCAACAACAACAACAUCCUUUUCUGUACCAACAACGCCAUCAGUAUCGUUGUGAAACAAAUAUGAUUACGAAUCACGAUAAUAAAUCAAAUGAACAACAUAUCAUACAUGAAAGUCUCAUACCAACAAAUCUAUCGCCACAGCAAUCAUCCAUUAGUGAUCUUGAUGAAACUACACCUCCAAAACUAAAUAUAGCCAUAGCUAAAAUAAUAAAAAAGAAAAAACCGCCAAAGAAAAAACGAAAAGAUCCAAAUGAACCGCAAAAACCUGUUUCACCCUAUGCAUUGUUUUUUCGUGAUACUCAAAAUGAAAUCAAAAAGAAAUUAGCAAAUCCAACAUUUGGUGAGAUUUCCAAAGUGGUUGCACACAUGUGGGAAAACAUUGAACCGGAAGUCAAAGAGCAAUACAAACGAAAAGCAGCGGCAGCUAAAAAAGAAUACUUGAAACAAUUGGCCGCUUAUCGUGCCGUACAAGUUUCUCAUCAGACACCCUCCAUGCAUCUUCUUGGUCCAAAUACAAGUAUUUAUAAUUCAAAUCCACCUCCGUCUGUUCAAAAUUUUUCUCAAACGUCACGAAAUGAAAAUAAUCAUCUUGGUCAACAUCAUCAUGUUGUCGAACAACAACGAUUUGGUUACCAUCGACCACAUCAGUCUCACAUGCAACAUGCUCCCACAUUUUGUAAUCAAAUUUCAGCCUAUAAUCGUGUUAGUUCUCCUUCGCUUAUUCAAAAACAACAACAACAACAUCCCUAUCAUCAUUAUCAUGAUUAUUUAGUAGGUAGCUCAACACCAGUAUCAUAUCUCAAUGAAUCUUUACCACAAAAUAAUAACAACAAUUAUUCUUACACAAAUGGUGAAAGUCAGAUGUAUCAUCAAUCACAUCAAUUUGAAACAGCAUUCCAGUGUGAUAUGACUUAUGAUCAACAACAACAACAACAACAUUUUGGUCUCUUGAGACCAGUUGAUUGCGGUGAAUCAUUUUAUUGUGUCGAGGAAUCUGAGAAUCAAACUCAGCAACAAACGCUCACUAAUUGUGGUGAAAUAUCGAAUCAUAAUUUAUUACAUGAUUUAACUACUUUGACGCCUGUUAUUAUCAAUCCAAAACAUUACACCGAUUUGAAUCCAUCAACUGCAUCAAUAAAAUGUUCUCCAUCGAUGCAAAACUGUGCCGGCGAUAAACAAAAUUUUAUAACAAAUUAUCAAAAUAAUCUCAUUAAAUGUGAAGAUUUUAAUCAAACAAGUGUUGACUCAGUUAAUGGAAAUUAUUACGCUGUCUAUAAUGCAGAUCAAGGAGGAGCUAAAUCAGAGGGAGAUAUAAAAAAGAUAUAUGGCGGACAAAAAGAGGAUUCAACACGAUCAUCGAACGAUUAUCACGGAUGGAAUAACUCUUGUUUAGCUCUAAAUGCUCCAUGGUAG